AACAAACCAAACUGAGGCCAUGUAGAACAGCGGUCCUCAAACUUUUUCAAUAGGGGGCCAGUUGAAAGGCUGCAGUGACUAUCGUGGGCUGGUGAGGUGGGGGUGCCUGGGGGCGCGGGCCAGUGAGGUGCUGUCGGGCGCAUGCGAGGCGGUGGCUCACUUGGAGAUCUCCCAGCGAGUCCAAACUCUUCUCCAAGCAAGCAAGCCACCACCUCCCCGCUCACACUGCGAGGCAGCGGCAAGUGCACGCGUAUGGGAGGCAGGUGGCGGCUUGCUCACUCAGAGACCAUGUCCAAGUGAGCAAGCCACCACCUCCCUGCCCACGCAGCAAGCAUGCGCGCAGGCAGUGAACGGUGGCGCAGGCUGGAUGGAUGGCCAUGGCGUGCCAGAUCCGUCCCAUGGGCCGUAGUUUGAGGACCCAUGAUGUAGAGGAAGAGAAUGGAAGAGUACUGCUGGAUCUAGACCAAUAUUCUGUUCCUUUCAUGAUAAAUCAGAAGCCCAGGAAAGUUCACAAACAGGACAUGACUGCAGAUACUGGCUUAGUAGCCAUUGAAAGCCUUAUCUUCCAUGAAAAAUAUGAUAGGAACAAGUAUGAUUUCCUGAAUAGUUGGGAGCCACUGAGAGUAGACAGCAGGUUCAACCCUCACUGCAUUAUUACCUUUGAGUGUGGCCUUUUAGUUUUUUUUGCACAAAAUGGAUUGACCAGCUGUGGAAUGCAACUUCUCCCAUUGGCAACACUGCAUCCUUCUGGAGUACACUAUACAAAUCUAGACCACACAAUCAUAAGAAUAGGUGUUUUGCUGGUAUAUAAUGCUGGAGUUUUAAUGGGACAAAGCAGGGCACAAAUAAGUGUGCUAUUAGUCUUAUGGCAACAAAAGUACAGUAGUACAUUUUACUUGCUGUCAGACUUGGUAUAUAAACAUAAGAUCUAGAACUUAAAGUAUCCUGUCAGUGUUCACAUGAAAAGUAAAGACAUCUAGCUCAUUCACUUCUGCUACAAGAAGAAACACAGUAAGGAGAAGAUACAUUUCUACUCUGCCCCAAAGGGUUUGGAGAGUUCUGAUACAAGUCAUGUUCUUUUGACUAUAGAUAGUUGCUGCUUCUCCAAUGGAUCUCUGAUUUCACUCUCGCUUUGAUACAGAGCCAUGUAUCACAUGUGUGAAAAUGGUGGAAGCAAACCCUUGCCAGAAAGGUCUAGGAAUCUUACUCUUUGAGGCAUGCUCAUAUAGUACUUGCAAAGAAACUGCAUUGACUUAAAUUGUACAUUUUCAAGAAUAGUGCCCCAUGAAAUUAUAACAUUCUUGCUUGUUACAGUGCACUGUAUUAUUAAUGGUGCUGCUCACUAAUAUAGCUGUGACUCAUUGCUUCCCAUUCAAUCAUCUCUUUAGAAGAGCCUAACUCAAAUUCUAUUCUGUUAAACCAAAGACUUACAUUGUGAAGCCUAUCCUAUAUUUUACAUGAGAUGGUUUACAAAUGUGUUGUACAUUCGCAGUCUGUACUACACUGAGAAAGCUGCUUUAUAUGGCUGGUGUUCAGAUGUGGCUAAGAAAUUCUAAAAAAGGCCCAAUCCUCUGGUGCAUAUACACACUAUAGCACGUUUUAAACACACCCUUCACGUGUUGAUUUGGUUUCUAGCUGAAGUAGUCAGUAUAGAGAUAACUCUUGCACUCCUUGAGUACAGAGCAGUGGAGGAAGCAAUUUUUUUCUAGUAAUUACAUUAGUAAUGGUAUCUACAUUUGUGUCAUGUGUUAUUAAUAGUGUCUGUACUCAGAGUCAGAUACUAUCAUACUUUUAAGGUGAAAUAGGCAUCCCACUUUUCAGACAGAUGUAAUUGAGUUUGGCUUAACUAGCCUGCCUUUUCCUUUCUCUUACUUUGGACAAUGCAUAUAAUAAUCUAACUGGACAUCUUUAAUAUGAAUAUUGCAUUAAAAACCAAGCUAUUUCAAUUUGAAAUACAGCAGAAACAGGAAAGAACCCUGCCACUUCACAAUAAUGAUUUAACAGUCAUAUCCAAAUAUACAUGUUUGUAUAAACAGUCCAUAUGUCUGAAUAGAUAUCCAAAUGAGAUGGUGCUGUAGGAUAUAUGCUCAAAGAGAGCAAUAGGAGUCUCAGACUAGUGGUUUAGACAGUGGCUAGUUUAUAUCAUUUGGGUAAUACAUAUCUGCAACUAUAAGGGCUUUCAGCAUCCAGUAAUAAUGUCCAUCUGUUUAUCCCCAAGCUACAAGCAUAUAAGAGCACAUGGCUCUCUGCACAGAUUUUUCUAAAACAAUAUGAACAGUAACAUAGGACCAGAAAUGAAAUCCAUCAUGAAACAUGUUCCCACAUUAUAUCUCAAUGAGGCAUUUUCUACAUCACAAACAUCCAGUAGAGCUAGCCAAUUUCUUGGAUAUUUUGGUAUCCAACACACCUGCAACAUUAGACUUUGACUCGAUUAUGAUUUACUAGCUAGAAAAGGUGUGUGUGUGUGUAGGUGUGUGUGUAGAUGAGGUAGCAUUCCAUCGAUUAUGCUUUAUUAGUCUAUUACAUUCAAUCAUAAAUAACAUUGUGAAUUUCUAAUAAAUUUUUAUAAAGAGCUAUUUUUAAGUCAAUUAAAAUUAAGUGAGGAAAAAUAAAGGAACCAAACCAAGCCAGAUACUUUUAUCCAUUCUUUCAUUAUAAACAAAGAUGCCUUGGUAUUAUACAUCCUUGUGCUAGUUGUUCCAUUGUUGAGAGAUGCAGGCCCACUUGACGGGGUUUGUUUAAAAAAAAAAAUUGAGUAUAAGCCCAUCACUGAUUAAAUGCACAUUUGGGAACAUUUCGCCACUUGCGAGACCACAAAGACUCUCGCAAAGAAAGCUGCUCUAAAUAGGGAGUGGUGGUUUCGCAAAUACUAGAGGUCCCAGAGUUCAUUGCAAUACAUCUCAAAGUACUCUGGGAACUGAAGUCCCUUAUGGUCACAGCUACGAAUGUAUGUGCCGGGCCUUCGCUUUUCUUCCUCGGCGUUACCUACGGUCACCGUCAAGUUUUCAGGAGUUUCAGAGCAAGAAAAAGUAGCAAUGCAGAUCCAGUCUCCUGAAUUUUUCAUCUUCCUCCUGUUGCAAUGAUCAAAUGCUUGGCUGAAGAGGUGCAAGCCGGUUUACGCUCUGGAGUGGCCAUCAACUCAAUAGGCCAAUGUGUUGAGGAAAUAAUCCUUAACAGCAUAGAUGCCAAAGCAACAUGUGUGGCUGUUAGAGUAGAUUUGGAAACGUUUAAGGUCCAGGUAGUAGAUAAUGGCUGCGGGAUAGGAAAAGAAGAUCUCAACAAAGUAGGAAAUAGGUACUUUACCAGUAAAAUCUGCUCACUAGAAGACCUAGAAAAUCUAAAGUUUUAUGGCUUUCGUGGAGAAGCUUUGGCAAGUAUUGCCAGCAUGGCCAGUAUACUGGAAAUAUCAUCUAAGACAAAUAAGAUAGCAAAAACCUUCUUGAAACUAUUCCACAAUGGAAAAGGAUUGGAAGUAUCUGAAACAGAGUUGAAUAGACCAAGUGUCGGAACGACAGUGACGGUGUACAACUUAUUCUACCAGUUACCUGUGAGGAGAAAGAGCAUGGAUCCAAUACUAGAGUUUGAGAGAGUGAGGCAUAAAAUAGAGGCUCUUUCACUUAUCCAACCCUCUGUCUCCUUUUCUUUAAGGAAUGAUGCUUCCUGUUCAAUGGUACUUCAGUUAUCCAAGACAAAAGAUAUCUGCUCCCGCUUUUCUCAGAUAUAUGGUCUAAGUAAAUCACAGAAAUUACGAGAAAUAAAUUAUAUGUCUGGAGGAUUUGAAAUAGAUGGUUUUAUCAGUUCUGAAGGUCAUUACAAUAAGAAUAUUCAGUUUUUGUAUGUGAAUAAGAGACUGAUAUUAAGAACAAGGUUGCAUAAACUUAUUGAUUUUUUACUAAGAAAACAAAGUAUUAUAUGUAAAACAAAAAGCAGGUCUUUGAUUUCAAGUCUUACUCAUCAUCGUUCAAGCCAAGAGCUAUAUGGAGUCUUUAUUAUCAAUGUGAAGUGUCAACACAAUGAAUAUGAUGUAUGUCUAGAACCUGCAAAAACUCUAAUAGAGUUUCGUAGCUGGGAUGCUCUAUUAACUUGCAUAGAAGAAGGAGUAAAAACAUUUUUAAAGCGAGAACAGCUAUUUAUUGAACUGUGUGGUGAAGAGAUUAAAGAAUUUAAUGAAAACAACAACAUUUGUUUGAGUGAUGCAAUAACUGUACAGCCAUUUCUCUCUCAAGGGAAGGGAAUGCAGGAGAGCUUUAAGAGAGCUUGUGAUAAUAUUGCAGAUACUUAUGAAAUGUUUAAUCUGCAGUCAAAGUCUGUCAGAAGGAAAAUCCCUCUUGCAAACAAGGUAUCAGAUCACACAGGACCUAUUUACUAUGAAGAGGGACUAGUUCAUCCAGAUGUUAUUGGUACAGAAGUUGUUCAUGAACUGACAAGCAAUAAUAAAGGGGAGCCCUACAAAAAUGACACCAUUCCUGAUGUCCACAAAUUGAGUAACUUAUAUCAAGAGUCAAAAGUAUCCGUUAAUCAGAAUGUUCAAGUUUUGAAUUGUACAUGUCCAGAAGAACUUGAUAAGCAGGACAGGUCAGUUGUUUUGGAAACAGAGAAGCAUGCUGGUACUUCAUUUUCUAUGGAAAAAUAUGAUAAAAGUUCAAGUAAUUGUCAAGAUAAAAUGCUUCAGGAAGGUAGCUCCAACAGUGCUGCCAUGGGACACUUCGAAACUGUCGAUGAUGCUGAUAAGUUUAAAUGUCAACUUCCUUUAGGGUGUGGCUCCAUGGGAAAAUAUAAGGCAAUGAAAGAGGGCAGAGAACAUGACAUAGGGUCAAAAAACAUCCAAGAACUGGUAAUGGAACAGGAACCAUUGAAGUUGUGUUCCACUGGCCUCAUAACACACUUGAUGCAAAAUCAGCCACCAUGUAAAAGAAAAGAAAUUAAAAAUUCACAAAACAGACAACCUAGACUGGGUCCAGUAAGUGCCAAGAAUAUAUUGGGGGGAAAGCCAACAUUUUCAGGACUGAGUUCAAAUAUUCAAGAAUGCUUGAGCAUAACAAAUGGAAAAAUAAGCACAGCAAAUCCAAAUGAAUGGACAGAGAAGGGAAAUUUUCCAGGUCAAAAAAGUAUAUCUUCACUUCCUGCAGAUGGUAAUGUGGAUGGUGUGACAUCACAUAUAAAAGAAUUUAUUUCUGUGGCUCCAUCAAGUUCUGUUCAUCUAGACAGUACAAUCAAGAGUAGGGAAAUGGCUGCACUUUCACUUAGGCCUAGAUUGUGUGGCAUUAAUAAAUUGAGCUUGCAUCCAAAGCUGGGCUCAUUGGACAAAUUCAGAAGAUGCUAUGGGAGCAUAAAGAAUGCACCACCAAUAACUAAUGUGGAAAAGAAGAAUGAGGUUGAAGUGCCAGCCUUUGCCAGGUCUCCUGGUUAUGAGAAUAUGGCUCUUCAAAACUCCAGUAUUUGUGAAACACCAACUAAUGAGUCUGUUGUGUCUAACAACAGUGGUUAUGAUUUCCUUCCCUUAGAAAAGUCUCAAAACUUUACAGAAGAAAGUCUACUAAGCAGAAAAGUUUUAAAUGUAGAUCCUCUGACACUGACAGAUAAUUCUCAGAUCAGAAAGAAAUCCUUUUCUGGUACUAAAUUCACAGGAACACUUGCCUCUAAAGUAUCUAGAAUGAAGGGAAGCUUUAGAAAAGUUUUAAGUAUGGAAUCUACAGGCAAACUUUUAGAACAAGCUUGCUUAAGUCAAAAAGACAAAGACAGAUGGAAUCUCUUACCCCCAAGGGAUUGUUUGCAGAGUAUCUGCCAUACAACUCAACUUUCCCCAAGAGAAGUAGGGACAGAGAAUCACUGUUUUGCCUCAGUCUCUGAUAAGCAGGAUAAUUCCAUGGUAGUCUCUAGCACAAGGGUAGAGGAUGUGGGAGAUGCUGUCAAGCACUGUUUCAUUGACACUGGUGAAGACAAUAGUACCUCUCAAAAUAUAAAUAUGACUGAUAAAGCCAUGGAUUCUAAAGGCAUUUGUGAAGAUACAGGGAUUAUGGAUGGAUCUACAAAGCAAGCCAUGAAAGCCUGUGAACUUCCCAGUAUGAACUUGUCCAGUAACAUGGAAGAUGCUACUGAUGAUUCAAGUACAAUUCAGAUUGAGGAAUCACAGCCACAUUCUUCUAAAUGGUUUCAUCAGUUUGAUGCCUCUUUAGGAAAAAUAGUAUACAUCAACAAAGUGACCGGACUGAGCACUUACAGUGCUCCCAGUGAGGAACCUCAGGCUAUAUGUACUAAAGAUAUAAGCACAAUGGCUGUAAAUGUUAUAGAGAAUGGGUUUCAGUGCAGAUGCUACCCUUUUAGAAGUGAGUUUAUUGUUCCCUUCCUUCCAAGACCUCAGAAAGAAAGGAGUUUGACAAGCCAAGGAUUUAGAGAUACUCAAGGAGAAUCUCUCCAGUCCUUGUUUUCAGAGUGGGACAAUCCUGUGUUUGCUCGCUGUCCAGAGGUUGCUGUUGAUGUGAGCAGUAGACAAGCUGAUAGUCUCGCUGUGAAAAUCCAUAACAUUCUGUAUCCUUAUCGGUUCACUAAGAAGAUGAUUGAGUCAAUGCAGGUCCUUAAUCAAGUGGACAAUAAAUUUAUUGCUUGUUUAAUCAACACUAGGGCAGAUGAAAAAGAAGAGACAGAUGGAAACCUUCUUGUGUUGGUGGAUCAGCAUGCAGCUCAUGAGCGUGUCCGCCUUGAGCAACUCAUCAAAGAUUCCUAUGAGAAGCAGCCUGAAGCCUUAGGCAAGAAAAAACUGUUGGCCUCCACUGUGUGUCCUGCAUUGGAGAUUGAGAUAACAGAGGAUCAGAGGAGACUUUUAGGGUGCUACCACAAAAGCCUGGAGGACUUAGGCCUUGAGUUAUUCUUUCCAAAGAACAAUUCUUCUCAGAUUCUUGUUGGAAAGGUGCCAUUGUGUUUUGUGGAAAGAGAAGCAAAUGAAUUGCGUCGUGGAAGACAGACAGUAGCUAAGAGCAUUGUGCAGGAAUUUAUUCAUGAGCAAGUUGAGUUACUGCAGACAACGGGAGGGGCACAAACUGCAUUGCCCCUAACAGUUCUGAAGGUGCUGGCUUCCCAGGCUUGCCAUGGUGCUAUUAAGUUCAAUGACAGCUUGACAUUGGAGGAGAGUUGCCAUCUUAUGGAAGCUUUAUCAUGUUGCCAAUUACCCUUCCAGUGUGCUCAUGGAAGACCCUCCAUGCUGCCUCUUGCCGAUGUAGAUCACUUGCAGCAGGAAAGUCAGCCUAAGCCUAAUCUGGCUAAACUAAGGAGAAUGACUAAAGCUUGGCAACUCUUUGGAAAAGAAAAGGAAUCCGAUUGUGCAAGUGUGAACUCCAUUUUAGAACCUCAGUGAGCCACCUGCUACUACAGUUACGCUUGUACCAACGACAAACAACUGUUCUGAAACACAUGCUGCUGUGAAAACACAAUGCAAGAAGAAACUUCAACAUUCUAAACAAAGUAAAAGCCCAGCACCUGUAACACUUGAAAGUAUCUCCAUACAAGCCAAAGUCUAAAGUCUAGGCAAUGUGGAAUUAUUCAAGUUGCACUAGAACUCUGUAAUGAAAUGGAUUGGAAAGGCUAUUCCUAAUAUUUAAAAAUCACACUCUUGCUCCAUAUCACUCUAAAAAUCUGAAUGAGCAGUAUCUACAAGCAAAGUGGUUUCACAUUGAUGCACUAGCUGAUCAGUGCUGUUGCUUAAUCAAAGUAUUGGAGUGCUUGUCCUAGCAUUGUUAAAUCAGUUUGUAGCAUGAGCUACAUUUAAAGGCUGAUUGGAGCUUCUAAUUGUAUUACCAUAAAAACACAAAGGGCAUUCCA